AUGAAGGACCCAGGGAGUUUCCAAAUCCACUGCAUCAUAGGGGAUAUCACUAUUGAAAAGGCUUUGUGUGACUUGGGAUCUAGUAUCAAUCUCAUGUCUUUGAACAUGAUAAGAAGGAUGAGAAUUGAGGAAGCCAAACCAACAAGAAUGGCACUCCAACUAGCUGACAGAACAUUCAAGUUUCCACAUGGAGUGGUGGAAGAUUUAUUGGUGAAGGUGGGAGAAUUCAUCUUCCCAGCUGACUUUGUUGUGCUGGAUAUGGAAGAAGAGGCAAACACUUCAAUUAUCUUAGAAAGGCCAUUCCUAGCUACUGUUGGAGCCAUUAUUGAUGUGCAAAAAGGAGAACUAGUCUUGAGAUUACACGAGGAAAAGAUGGUCUUCAAUAUCUUCAAGUCAAUGAGUUAUCCCAAGGAAGCAAUAGGAGAAUGCAUGAUGGUGGACACCAUAGAACAAAUAGUCCAAGGAGUUUUGGAAGAAGAGCAAUAUGAAAGAAGUAUGGAAUUGGAGUAA